AUGCAGUACCACCUGCAUCGCAUGUCCACGACCUCUCUAUCGGGAAGCAAUGAAAAUUGCGUGAGGGAUUUGGUCAAAACCGAAACAAGUUCUGUUAUUCAGAUCACGCUCAACGAUCUUCUCACAAAGGGAGCCACUCGGAAGACUGCUGCGCAGAAGUUCUACACGUUGUUGGUCUUGAAGAAGUCGCAAGCGAUUAAUGUUGAACAGCAUGCACCUUAUGAAGACAUUUAUAUCUCCACAGGACCAAAUGUCGCGCAGGCGCUUGCCAAGUAG